AUGAGUCGACGUCAAAAUCCAAGUGAAUUUUUGAAACAAAUAAUUGGUAAACCUGUUGUUGUGAAGUUAAAUUCUGGUGUUGAUUAUCGAGGUAUUUUAUCAUGUUUGGAUGGUUUUAUGAAUAUUGCAUUGGAGCAAACGGAAGAAUAUUCUAAUGGACAGUUGAAAAACAAAUAUGGUGAUGCAUUUAUUCGAGGAAAUAAUGUACUUUAUAUCAGUACACAAAAGCGUUAA